AUGACCGGCGACGAUCCCACUUUUUCUCCGACCAACCGGGCCUUGUCUCUGAGCACCGACCUCCACAUCACCAUAGAGGAAGGUUCUCAAAACAGCGAGCAACUUCUGGAGGACGAAAAUAAUGACCUUGGGAAUGAUUGCGAGCAGUUGUUUGGGAUUGAAGGGAAUGAGCCUGAAAGUGAAAGAGAUGAUACAAGUGAUCAGUUUUUUGAGAUUGAUAGCAAUGACAAUGAAAAUGACAGGAGUGAGCUGAAUGAGCAGCUGUUUGAAAUUCAAGGCAAUGACCAUGAGAUGAGCGGGAAUGAUGAUACUGUAAUUGAUAUUCAAAAUGGCGGAUCUCAAGAAAAGGUUUAUCCCCAACCAGUUGUGGGUUUGGAGUUUGAUUCAUAUGAUGAUGCUUACAAUUAUUAUAAUUGUUAUGCCAAGGAACUUGGAUUUGCCAUCAGGGUGAAAUCUUCAUGGACAAAACGUAACAGCAAAGAAAAGCGGGGUGCAGUUCUAUGUUGCAACUGUGAGGGUUUCAAAACAAUGAAAGAAGCAAACAAUCGCAAGAAAGAAACCAGAACUGGUUGUCCAGCAAUGAUAAGGUUGAGACUAGUGGAGUCUAACAGAUGGAGGGUGGAUGAAGUCAAGCUUGAUCACAACCAUUUAUUCGAUCAUGAAAGAGCUCAGAACUCCAAGUCUCACAAGAAGAUGGAUUCUGGGGCUAAAAGAAAGAUGGAGCCAACACUUGAUGUUGAAGUACGCACUAUCAAGUUAUAUCGGACACCUGGCACAGACAUAGUUGGAUAUGGAAGCUCAAACUCCUAUGAAGGAGAAAGUAACAACUAUGUUGAUGUAUUCAAGAGAUUGAAACUCAAACAAGGAGAUGCAAGAGCAAUUUACAAAUAUUUCAGUCGCGUACAGCUGACUGAUCCUAAUUUUUUCUAUGUGUAUGAUCUCAGUGAUGAAGGGAGUUUGAGGAAUGUGUUUUGGAUUGAUUCUAGGUCGAGAGCUGCAUACAGUUACUUCGGUGAUGUAGUUGCAUUUGACACCACAUGCUUGUCAAACAAUUAUGAGAUUCCACUCGUGGCAUUUGUUGGAGUAAAUCACCAUGGGCAGACAAUUUUGCUUGGUUGUGGUUUGCUUGCUGAUGAGACACUGGAAACAUAUAUAUGGUUAUUUAGGGCAUGGCUUACUUGUAUGUCUGGUCGCCCUCCACAGACUAUCAUCACAACCCAGUGCAAGGCCAUUCACAGUGCUAUUGUAGAGGUAUUUCCUAGGGCUCAUCAUCGUCUUUGUACUUCACAUGUUUUGCAAAGCAUUCUUGAGAAUAUGGAAGCACUGCAAGACUAUGAGGCAUUUCAGAUGAUUUUGAGUAGAACUGUAUACGACUCAUUGAAAGUGGAUGAGUUUGAAUCAGGAUGGGAAGAUAUGAUCCAGAGAUUUGGAAUUAGGAAUCAUGAAUAUCUUCAAAGUUUGUAUGAAGAUCGUGAACGUUGGGGUCCAGCUUACUCAAAGGAUACAUGUUUUUCUGGAAUGCCCGAUUUUCAAAAUGGUGAGUCCACAAGGCCAUUUUUUGAUGGUCAUAUUCAUCAAAAAACUUCUUUUGAAGAGUUUUUCAAGGUUUAUGAUAUAGUUUUGGAAAAUAAGCGUCAGGAAGAAGCUCAUAAUGAUGUAGAGUCCAGAGACUUGAACCCCAUAUUGAGAACGAGGUGCUAUUAUGAGUUGCAGCUCUCUAAAUUCUACACAAAAGAUGUAUUCAGAAAGUUCCAGCAUGAGGUUGCAAUGAUGUCUUCCUGUUUUAGCAUUACUCAAGUUCAUACAAAUGGACCAAUAGUGACAUACAUGAUCAAAGAACGUGAAGGGGAGGAAAUUUUGAGGGGUGUUAGGAACUUGGAAGUUAUGUAUGACAAAGCUGGAGCAGAAGUUCGUUGCAUGUGCAGUUGCUUUAAUUUAAAUGGGUACCUAUGCCGACAUGCCUUAUGUAUCCUCAACUAUAAUGGUGUGGAAGAGAUACCAUUUCAGUAUAUCUUUUCACGAUGGAGAAAAGACUUUAAGCGCUUGUAUGUACCAGAUCUUGGCUCCAAUAAUGUUGAUAUCACGAACCCAGUUCAGUGGUUUGAUCAUUUGUAUAGAAGAGCAAUGCAAGUUGUUCAGGAAGGGAUGAUUUCUCAUGAUCAUUAUAUGGUAUGUUGGCAGGCAUUUAAAGAGUCUUUGAACAAGGUCCGUCUUGUAGCAGACAAGCAGGUAUAGCUAAUACCGAUGUGUAUAUAAAGUUCCAAAUUCCAAUGCUCCUCACUGCAGUGGUGCUAUUUGACUAGAGAUCAAUAAGCAAAGACAGGAGAGAGAGAAAUGGUGUAGCGUUUAUGAAAUAGUGAACGAAGGAAGACAAAUGCAUACCAAGAAUUCAGAGAGUAGGAUCUCCUCCAGUUACUAUGUCAGAAUCAGGUUCAAGCUAUUCAUGACAAUCCAGUAAUAAAUUCUCCUUCGAGCAUUUACAAACAAGUAAGAUUUACUGUAAACUUAAUACAUGUAUAAUAAUUUCGUUCUAGGAAUUUAGAGAUCAAUAGUUGGAG